AUGCGUCUCAACGAUUCGGGCACCGACGGCGCUCCGGCGGACACCGUCGCGGCGGUCGAUAUCCUCGUCCCGGGCGUCGGCGAACUCGUCGGCGGCUCGCAACGCGAGGAACGCCUCGAUGUCCUCGAUCAACGCAUCGACGAAAUGGGGCUGAUCAAAGACGACUACUGGUGGUACCGCGAUCUUCGUAAAUACGGCACCGUCCCCCACGCCGGGUACGGACUCGGUUUCGAGCGCCUGAUCCAGUUCUGCACAGGGAUGCAGAACAUCCGCGACGUGUUCGUGCAGACACUCGUAUGUGCAUGCAUUGUCUCAAUCGACCAAGCGUCGAUCCCAUCGCAGCGUGUGCAUGAGACGCUCAGUCUUAUGGAAGACGCUGUCCGUGCGGAUGAUAUCGGUGCGUUCAUGUCGCAGGUAAGCACCAAAGACCCUGUGCUCACGACGGAACUUAGGGCAUGGUUUGAGGAUAUGACGAUCAAUCCAGUCACCGAGUUCGAGAUCGAACCGAUGGAGGACCUCAUCGUCGGGAUCACGGACCAGGUCGCAAUGAUGCAGAUACGCAUGCACUGGACGCUCGAAUCCGACUCCAUCGCUCGCUCAAACGAGUUCAAUGCGCUGUUCGUCCCGAUGGGUGGUGAAGCGAGUGGCCCCUGGCUCUUCGCGGGAAGAGCGUGGGAGUUCAAGCACACAAGCGACGAAGGACUCCGCGUGAUGUCCUCCAGACAGCACCACGAACUCGCGAAGAACAUCGCUGAAGUGGUCCCGAGUAUUCAGAGCAAGAUCGAAGACGCGAUGGACUGCGAUGUGCAUCAUCCGCUGACGAUCAAGAUCUAUCCGGCGAUGCAGGAUUUGCAGUUCUCGAUCUCGAUGGGAUACCUCAAUCCAAUCGCAGGAUGGAAUGAGCCUGGAGAGUCCAUCAAAAUUCUCGGACGCGAAUCAACUUCCGUAGAAGACAUAUCGUCAUUGCUGUCGCAUGAGAUCGGUCAUGCUGUGAGCUUCGAGUUUGGUGAGCAGAUCAUCAACGCGCCGUGGUGGUCGCUCGAGGGGAUCGCGGAGCUCGUCGCGGAUGAGUACCGAUCAACCUCUCCAGAAGAACGCGAGCUUGCGAUCGCAAAGCAGAUCGCGCGAGGUGACCGACGCACAUGGGACCAACUCUCCGAUUUCAAAGGCGAAGCGCUCAAUCAUUCGAGCUAUGUCUACUCGCAAGGAUGGUCCAUGAUCCGCUACAUCACCAACCUCUACGGCCGCAACGCACGCAACAAAUGGUUCUCCGAAAUGGGUAAAGGUGUCAGCGUCGAGGAGGCAACGCAAUCCGCUUUGGGAUUGAGCUUUGAAGACCUUGAUCUCGCAUGGGAAGCAGAGAUGCUGUCGAUCGCACAGCAAGCAGUAUCAGAAUCGGAUUAA